AUGCAAACAUUUUUCGUGUCCGGACGAGAGGAAGAGUUUCAGUACACCGAUCCGAACACCGGUGAUAGGGUUGAUUUCACUGAGGUACUGAAAGCCGAUUUUCAACGGAACGAUGACACACCAUGCGAUUCCGAGGGAUCCGAAUUAUCCGUCUCACUAGAUGAUCUGUCCGAAGAGGAUGACAGUGUGGCCGAAUGUCCCACACCGAAAGGCAAAGAUUUAUCUACGCCCAAAGCCUCACCUUCGAAGACGGCAGCUGCAGCGGCAGAACGACCGAAAGACCAGAAUGGAACAAAAGGAAGGCGGAGCAGCAAAUCCAGUUCACAAGAUGGUGAAAUAAAACGUAGAGUUUCAACACCAAAAUCUAGAAUGGAACCGAAACCUGAACAGAAAGAUCCGGUCACUAAACCCGAAAAUGAUCGUACCACCACCACCACCACCACAACAACAACAGCACCCUCGUCAUCUCCGAUCAAAAAAGCAACACAGACGGAAAAGAUGUCAGCUAACGAGCCGGAUCCGAGCAAAUCAACCGCGAACGAUACGAAUCGAGCACGCAAGGUUGGUUUAUCUCUCGGAGGUCAAGGCCCGAGGGACUACAAAGAUCCAGAGACAACCAAGGUGUUGAGCGAGGCAGCCAAACGAUUGGCCCAGACCAAACCACCCUCGAAGAAACCGGAAGCUUCACGUAGACAGGACGUCACGUUCGCCGCUGAGAAACCAUCGGAAAUCCCGAGUAGCCGAUUUGAGGCCGAAGUCACCGAGGGUGAGGACAGUAAUGAGAAUGGAGAAGAUGAUGAGACUGAUGAAAAACCACAAACUAGCACAGAACGUUCGUCGGUCAAAGUGCAGAAUGCAAAAGGAACUGACAGUGGAACAGAUACCAACGCAGUGAGCACUGCCGAUGUUCAGUCCGGAAAGAGUGGACAAACAGUCAGUAAAAGUCAACUGAUCACGGCCGGUGGCAUGGUAAAGCCCACUUCGAGUGGAAACAUACGAGAAGGAGAGAGUUCCAAGGGUCCGCGAUUAACUAAACGGCGUUCGUCUGACACACGGAUGGGAACGCAGAGUACAGAUGAUCCGGAUGCAUUGGGUACCGACGAGCAAUCACCCGUGGAAAAGUUCAAUCAAAUGAUUAAUCAACGCCGAUUUGCACCGAUGCCGGUCAUCCCAUUCCGAUCUUCACAGGCAGCUAUGUUUCGACAACUUGCUCUGUUGAAUCUGACGAUUGUACUAGUUAUGCUGCGCUCCACGCGUCGACUCAUCAAUCAUCGGUAA